AUGGCUUCACUACCACCUUUUUCUCCGGCACAACUAUUUGUGAACCGCCACAAAUUGGAGUUGAUCUCCCCGUCGCGAGCUACGCCACGCGAACUCAAGCUGUUCUCGGACCUGGAUGACCAGGAGGGGCUUCACUUUCAGAUUCCCUUCCUUUUCUUCUACCCCAUUAGCCCCUCAAUAAGAGGCCGAGAAGACCCGGUGAAAGUCAUCAAGGAAGCGCUCAGGAAGGCGCUCAUGUAUUACUACCCGAUGGUAGGGCUUAUCCAUGAAGGGCUGUACUGCAAGCUCAUGGUGGACUGCACUAGCAAGGGGAUCCUGUUCGUUGAGGCUGAUGCUGACGUCAGCCUCGAGGAGCUCGGUGAUUCUGUGAGGCUACUGUGGGCUUCGUGGACGAGGUGCUUUGCAAUGUGGCCGGAUCUGGUGGCAUCAUUUGUCACGCUCCGAUCCUCGGGCACGCACCCAUCCCUCAUCUUGACCAAUUAUUAG